UUUUUUGUCCCAAAUAAGAAAAUAAUUGUUGGCAGAUUGAGUCAGCGACAUUGACAUGUUCAUCAUUUUCUGACAAUCAGAUAACAAAGAAGAACGCGUAAACUGUUCAUUUUUUUUUUCUUUUGAAUCUUGGCCGUUUUCUUUUCAGACAAAGACUGCUGUUUGUGUGCGUAAGGCAUGAAGCAAUCGUCAUGGGGCUGCACAAUCUUCAUCCAAUUAUCACUCUGUCUCAUCGUCUAUGCGUCUCUGCAUUUUGGUCACCAAUCUUUGUCAUCAAACAACUACGGUGACAAUGCCGGAGCUCUAGAUCUCCAUUUCAUCUCCGUCUCCGGUGGAUUCAGGCCUCUUCACCGUCAAACUCGUCUUCUCCGAUUGAUGGAGAGAGUUGCGGAAACUUACAAGGCUAAAUUUGUGGUGAGGACAAGUGAGGAUGAAGAAGGAGAUCUACUCCUGCUAAAUGAUACUCGAGUCUCCUCUUCACUGAAACUUCCAUGGUACACUAUGAAGAAAGGAUCUGGGAGUUUCAGAGAACACAUCGAAAUGCCUUUUGGUGGAUCCUUGGAUGUUGUUUUCCUAGACACUGGCUCGUUACAGAAGCAAAUGAUGAGUGGAGCAUUGAAUGGCUCGAUGAUCGAUCAAUUGAAAGAACUUACAAAGACUCUAAAAGCAGCAGAUGGAGACUGGCGCAUUGUGGUCGGAGCAGACCCGUUAUUCGCCCAUACACUAAGUAAUGGUCCGGAGGAAGCCAAGAGAGUUUCAAAGACAUUUCAACAAAUCACCAUCAAAUAUGGAGUGAACAUGUAUAUAAGCGAAAAGGGCUGUACCAUCGGAGCCAACGAAGAUAGCUUCACUUGCAUUAUGGUUCCCAAUACAUCAGAGAACCAAGGUUCAACUAAUGAUAGUAAGAGGGAAAUGGAAGAUGGGUUUCUUCUUCACAGAGUUAGCUUCUCAGAGUUUGUUACUUAUACUAUCAACUUAUCAGGACAAGUCAUAGACACAAGAAUCAUUAAGCAGAAGGGCAAAGAGUCCAUCUAAGAUUCUUUUCAUAUUCUUAUGUGUUUUACUUUUAACCCUCUUCAUUGUUGUAAACUCUGUAAAGCACCAACAUUCUUUAUUCUUCCUCUAGUGACCGGAAUACCCUUUCACCGCUCA